AUGGCUAGUCUCAAUGUUCUUACCUUUGAUGCUGAGGGUCGGGCUGUUGACUUUGAGGUCUGUCUAGAUGAUCUGCAGCUUUUCCUACAGUGCGAUUGCAAGGAUGGUCUCUCACUGUUCGAUCUCACUUCUGGUGCCUCUACUGCCCCUACUGCUGAUGCUGACAGUACUGUUCGCUCGCAGUGGCUCACGCGCGAUGCUGCUGCUCGUCUUGCUGUGCGCAACCACCUGCCGUCUACUGAGCGCGCGCACUUUAGCCAGUACAAGAGUGCUAGGGCUCUGUACGACGCUGCAGUUGCACGCUACUCCUCCACUACCACUGCUGCCCUCAGCCGCCUCAUGCUACCGUACCUUUUCCCUGACCUUGCUGCCUUUGCCACUGUCGCUGACCUAGUUGCUCACCUUCGCACUAGUGACGCCCGCUACCGCGCUGCCCUUCCCACUGAGUUCUGUGCCAAGAACCCCCCCCCCAUGUACAUCACCCUUUACUACCUAGUCACCCGCCUCCCUGACUCUCUUUCUUCAGUCAGGGACCACUUUCUCUCCCUUUGCCCCACCGAGCUGACUGUCGACUUGCUAGAGGAGCGUCUUGCUGCAGCUGAGAAGAGUAUCUUAGCUGUUGGUGCUUCUCGCGGUGACCGUCGCACCCCCUUCUUUGAGGGGUGUUCCCCUGUCCCCCUUCUCCCCUCUGUUGCCUCUGCUGCUGCUGUCGACCUCGUUGGCACUGAGGAGGUCGGCGCUGCGUCUGCCCCUAGUGGGCGACGCCGCACUGGCAAGGGCAAGGGAAGCAGGGGUGGUGGUGGGGGCGGUGGAGGCAGCGGUGGAGGAGGUGGAGGAGGUGGAGGUGGUGGUGGGGGUGGUUCCGGAGGUGGGGGCGUAGGUGGCGGCAGUGGCGGCCGUGGCGGCGGUGGUGGAGGAGGUGGCGGCGGCGGCGGCGGUGGUGGAGGUAGCGGAGGAGGUGGUGGCCCCGCAGCGUGGAGGCCUUGGUCUGGGGGUGCAGGUCCCUGCGCGAACGUUCUUCGCACCGGCACUCGUAGUGGGGAGGUGUGUGGUCUCCCACACACCACGCAGCGCUGCUUUGGCCGCUUGACUGACGCUUGGCGUACCCAGUUUCCUGACGCUGUUGAUCUUCCUCGUUGGCAUGAUCUGCUUCUGCAGAAUGUGCCUAUCUUUGAUCUAGAUUUUGAUGCUAUCCUUGCUGCCAUGUAUGCUCUUGCUGAUAUUACUGAGGGUGACUUUUACCUGCGUGUCCCGCCCGACCCGGGCACUGUGGCUGCUGCUCUAGGUGCUAGUGCGUCUGCUGCUCCAGGUGCUGGUAUGUCUCCUCCCUCUGGUACUGCACCUACUGAGUCCUUUCACACCUUGACACUUGACUCUGGUGCUUCGCGCUCUUUCUUUAGAGACAGCACCACGCUCACGCCGCUCCGUCGGCCUGUUGCGGUCUCCCUUGCUGACCCCUCCGGGGGACCAGUCCUUGCACACUCCUCCACGGUUCUACCGUGUCCUGCGGCCCCGUCGGGCUUGCUGUCGGGACUCCACCUCCCCUCGUUCUCUACGAACUUGGUGAGUGGACCUGACCUCCAGGACGCGUGGGUUGACCAGUUCACCACUGGAGGUCAGCGUGUGACCCACUGCACUUGCUCUCGGACGGGCCGCCACCUGGCCACGUUCACCCGUCGGCCAGGGUCGAGUCUGUACACACUGACUACUGCGCCUCCUCCGGUCCCUGCGUCUGGUCAGGUAGCUGCGUCCAGUCAGGUGUUUGCUGCUGCGUCCAGGUCUAGUCCUGCGUCUGCCCCCUGCUCGUGUUGUCCUCUGGCGCACGAGACUCUCCUCUGGCACCACCGCCUUGGUCACCCCUCCCUGCCUCGUCUUCGAGGUAUGGCCUCCCGUGCUCUUGUCUCUGGACUCCCCAGGUCCCUCCAUCCCCUUCCUCCGGGGCUUGCCCCCACCUGUGUUCCUUGUGUCGAGGGCCGGCAGCGCGCCGCUCCUCACUCCUCCUCGUUUCCUCCGACUGAGGCCCCUCUGCAGACUCUUCACAUGGACGUGUGGGGUCCAGCCCGCGUUCGUGGACAGGGUCACGAGCGUUACUUCCUGCUGGUCGUUGACGACUACUCGCGUUACACCACAGUGUUCCCCUUGCGCAGCAAGGGUGAGGUCACUGAGGUGUUGAUCGACUGGAUCCGCGACAGAGGCGGGGAGUUUUCCUCCGACCUUCUGAGAGCCUUCUGUCGUUUGGAGGGCAUCCGCCAGACGUUCACGCUUCCGGCCUCCCCGCAGCAAAAUGGGAUUGCUGAGCGCCGCAUUGGCAUGGUCAUGGAUGUCGCUCGUACGUCCAUGAUCCAUGCGGCUGCUCCCCACUUUCUGUGGCCGUUCGCGGUUCAGUACGCUGCGCAUCAGAUCAACCUUCAGCCUCGUGUCUCCUUGCCGGAGACCACACCUACUCUGCGGUGGACGGGGAAGGUUGGCGAUGCGUCCGCGUUCCGUGUCUGGGGAUCUCGAGCUUUUGUCCGCGAUACUACAGCGGACAAGCUGUCCUCCCAUGCCGUUCCCUGUGUCUUCCUUGGCUUCCCUCCUGACGCACCCGGGUGGCAGUUCUACCACCCCAGCUCGCGUUGUGUUCUGUCCUCUCAGGACGUCACGUUGGACGAGUCGGUGUCGUACUACCGUCUCUUUCCCUACCGCACUGCCUCUCCCCCUCCCCCACCGCUCUUCCUUGCCCCAGGUACUCCUCCGGUAGACCCCCUCCCCCCCCAGGGUCCUGCCCCCUCAGGUGUGUCCCAGGUAGACCCUGCCGAGCCGGUCGAGGUAGCUGUCGACUCAAGUGCUGCUAGGGGUGCUGACCCUGUGGGUGCGGGGACUGGGGGUGCUGAGACUGGGGGUGCUGAGUCUGGGGGUGCUGAGACUGAGCGUGCUGAGCCUGGGGGUGUGGCGCCUGAGGCGGCUUCGUGA